AGAACAUUGUUUACUGUAUACAUCAAUAGUAAGAAUUUCUGUUGUUUUACACAGACCACUACAGCUGCACAACAACCUCCAAGAGAAGUGGCUGGAAAAGGAGAUGAACAGUUAGUAGAGCAGCUGAUACAACAAAUAGAACAACUGAGAAAUGAAGGUUCAGCAAAAGAUAGAGAAAUUGCAGACCUACAGACGGCAUUGAGAGAUGAGAGACUGCAGAGAGAAAAUGCAGUUGGUGAAGAGAGAAGAGAGAAAGAAGAGUUUCAACAACGAUUACAUGAACAAGGUCAGCAAAUUGUUGAACUGAGACAACGGAAUGUAGCUCUACAACGGGCAUUGACGGACGAGCAAGUACAAAGAAAGCAUGCAGUUGAUAGAGAGAGGAGAGACAAACAAGAGCAGCAACAACGAUUAGAACGAGAGAAGAACAAUCUUCAGCAGCAACUAAAUCAAGUGCAAAGAGAAAAUGCCAACUUCGUAGAGCUGCUUGCAGAUGCUGAUGCAGCAAUGGUACGAUACAAGCAAGAAAAUGAAGUUUCCAAUAUUCCUUCUCAUGACAUUCAAUUGACUGGCACAGAACUAGGACGUGGAGCAUAUGGAGUGGUUUGUGUUGGAUAUUGGCGUGACUGUCCUGUUGCUGUCAAACUGUUGUAUGAUCAUUUGGCUGCUGUUCAACGCAACAUUCAUCUUGUUCAACAAGAAGCAUCUGUAGCAUGGAAGAUACAUCAUCCAAACAUUGCUGCCGUUUGUGGUGUCACUCUGGAGUUAGAAGAGAAGAAGGCAUGGAUUAUCAUGGAAUUACAUAGCGGCUCCAUGUCUGGUGUGAUUGAUGCAUGUCAAGGAGAUGUUGCACCUCUCACUCUACGAGAAAAAGUUGACAUGACACACGAUUCUUUGUGUGGACUAGAUUACAUUCACUCGAGGCAACCUAGGGAAAUUCUGCAUGGUGACAUCUGUCCAAGGAACAUCCUGGUUACAGCAACGAUGAGAGCCAAACUGGGUGAUCUAGGAGCUGCUCGUUUUGAAGAUGCUUCACUUUCAGUUGGUCUGCUGAGUCCACAAUACACACCUCCUGAGAGAUUUGAUCUUCCAACUUUACCAAAAAGCUACAGAACCGACGUGUACAGUAUGGGAGUGACCAUAUGUGAGCUCUUCACUGCUGUUCCUCCAGAUCGUGAACAAAGGAUGGAUCAAGUCUUACUCAUCCGUCAGCUAAAUGUUCGUUCCUUAUGUAAGCACUUGAUGAGAGAUGAUCCUGCCACACGACCAACAGCAACAGAAGCCCGUCAUAUUAUUAGUCGUAUUCGUGAUACCGACGAGUAUAAAGCAUGUCCUCCUAAACGAAUGGUAAAGGGCAAGAUGGAUGGAAUGGCUGAUGUCACUGUCGUUUAGUUGAUUUGGUGAAGUUGACAUUUGAUUGAAGCAUGUGUUUGUUACUUGACACCAUUUAUAUGUUGUUACAAGGUAUUCACUUAGCAAUAGCAAUAUCUUUAGCUUUGAAGGAUCACAUUGUAUUUUGUUAUCUCAUUGGUGACCAUUAGCGAACUAGCGAGUUUUACUGUUUGAACUUUGACAUUGUUAUUCAGUAUUUGUAGGUUUGAUGUGUAUCACCUAGUCACGUGACAUUAUAUCUCUAUUUUCUGUUGCUGCAAGUUACAUGACGUCAUUCCUUAUUAGAGUCCCGGAUCUAAUUUCUAGUCUCUGUCACUCGUUCUCUGCCAAAUAGCUGCAGCCAGACCUAGCUGCUACGCUAGCGUCAUAGUCCUACUGGAUAGCAACUAGAGUAUCAUAUCUCGGUCAGUGCUUGCCAUCUCGUUUCUACAACUCCGUUUGAGACGCAAGUCAUCUCUGUCGAUAGGCUCAUUAUAUGACUUCCUUCCGCCAAAUUGUUGGUUUUGUCUUGUCAACCUCUACUCUCGCAGACAACGAAGAAGACGGAUGACUGACCGGACAUAAUCUCUGUCACCUGAUCUCAAGUGGUUUUCUCUCUUCAGGCGCAGAUCUAAGGCGUUCGUUUUGGCUAAUGUUAUAGUCAUCACCGCUGGCUACUAUACCUACGGGGUGAUGUUAGUGCUCAUCGCACUGUUGCUACAGCAGAACGUGAAAUGUGAUGGACAAUCCUUGGACAUCCGGGAUCAUAUUUCUGUCAGUCGCUUCAUCUCGUUUCUACAAGACGAAUUGAGACGUUAGUCAUGUCUGUUGAAAGGGCGGUGAGAAAGGUGAUGGACCUACGGGACAUAAUCUCGGUCACAGUAUGAGCGCACUUGUUGGGUUCUACAGAUUUCAGAAAUUCUCUUGUGGACGUGGUGGAGGAGGCAACGAGAUCACAAUCUCAUUCACUACAUCCAGUUAAGCAACGUAGUUAUAUGAAGUAGUGCAAUACAAUAUGAACGUCUAUUUGUGAUAAAUAGCUGUCUCUUGUGUAUUUAGUCAGAUCACCUGCUGCCGUUUCUAUGCCAUCAAUGAGACAACGUGCCAUCUUUGGUGAAGCAAUUGAAGCAAAUGCAGAAGAGCCGCCAGACAGAACAGUCACACAAACGUCUGUCACAAGCGAUCCAAUCUAUAAGCUCUGACAUUCCUGCAUGCAAUGACUGCAGAAUCCAAGCAAAGAAACAAACUUCAACAGGAAGAGAUAUGCCUGAUUGGGUGAAGAAAUUUGAAAUGGAACAUUCAGUUGUAUGUGGUUUAUGAAGAUGGAGUGAGAUAGAAAGAUAAAGUCGGAUUGAAAGCUCUUCAUGUUCUCCGUCUAUCAGUAGGAAUAAUAGUGACACAUCAAAUUGUCUUCCUUUCCUGUCAUUGUGGUCACGUGAUGUUACUUAACAUGUCACGUGAUCUUACUCUACAGGUCACGUGAUGUUUGUAACGCUAUAGAUGAGAACAACCGUCCCAUAGUGUGAAGACUGAAUAUUUAAUUCUAGAUACUUUUAUUUGUUUAAGAGAUGUUUUGUAUUAUGAAAUAUAGAGUAGAAUGUAAAUAGUAAACAAUGAUAUAGAAUACUCUAAAAUAGUUAUGAUUCACGAGUAUUUCCGGGUAAGCUAGUGGAACGUUAGAAAUAUUGAUACAAAACUUUGUUGCUAAUGCGUUACAUUUACAAUGAUGUGAUAUUUAAUUAAUCACGUG